UUCGAUCCAAAGUCCCUUCCAAUCUCUCAACUUGAGCUCUUAAAAUUCAAGUCUAACCAAAUUAUCGAAUCUAUCCAGACGCUCCAGCGUACAAUCGAUGUCGGCGGACAGAACGCCAUGCCUGCCUGGCCAGACAUCCUCUCCAAAUACAAUGUCAUUCUCUCCCAAACACAUAGCUUCUCUCAAUCCCUAUCGUCGCCUCAGGCGCAGUCCCAAAUCGGUCAGGCGCAAGCUCGGCUAGGUUCUAGCGUGUACGAGAAGAUCGCUCUACAUCCUAGCAUUGGAAUGACGGAUGCUCAACUCGACAAUGACCUCAUCCCUCUCUUGCGCAAUCAACAGACGACGGAGGUACUAAAUAUGGAGACCGCUACUGUUCGACGCCUUGCAGAAUGUAUGGCUACCCGUGGCGCUAUUGCCACGAAUAGUGUCCAGACCAACCAUCCUCCUGCUACGACUGGUCGCGUAACACACGAGGAUGUGCUGCAUGAAUGUGAAGAGAUACGGAGUGCGCACGAUCACCGUGUGGAGCGCGCUGUC